AUGACUUCAAAAUAUAAACCGUUAAAAGGUUUAGUGUUUUGUUGUACUGGUUUUGAUAAUUCGACUCGUUUAGAUUUACUGACAAAAAUUGAAUCAUUAGGUGGUUUUACUUAUUUAGAUUUAAUGACUGAUGUUAAUUAUUUAAUUGUUGGUAAAAGACAAUCACAAAAAUAUCAGUUUUGUAUUAAAAAUAGAUUUGAUAUUAAAUUUAUUUCUAAACAUUCAAUUUAUAAUAUUUAUAAUAAAUGGUUAAAUGGUGAUGAUAAUUUAAUCAUUGAUGAUUUUUUACUACCAGUUUUUGAAAAUAUUGAUGCAUGUAUUUCAAGAAGUCCAAUUACUCAAUCUCAAUUAAAGAUUUUAAAUUCUGUUAGUUAUAGAAAGGGUAAAAAAUUAAGUGUUGAUUAUUUUGAUGUUAAAAAUUUGAUCAAUUUAUUUAUUGAAAAUGGUGGUAUUGCAAAAGAAUCAUUAGGUAAUAAAUCACAUUGUAUUAUUUGUUCUUCACCAAAUGGUAAUAGAUAUAAUAAAGCUGUUGAAUGGGGAAUACCUGCUAUUCAUCCAAUUUGGGUUGUUGAUUCCUUGAUUAGAGGUGCGGCCUUAAAUUGGGAUGAUUAUAUAUUAAAUGAAAAUUCAAAUGAAAAAUACACUCAAGGGUGUCUCGUAUGGGACGAAGUUGUUGAAAACAAUAAUCAGGUACUAAAACCAAAAGUUAAACAAGAAGAAGUUGAAACAGCUAAAAAAAUCAAUAUAAAUAAUAGUGAAAUUUGGAGUUCAAUUAUGGAUAAAACCAAAAAAAAGAUCAAGAAUGUAACAACAAACGAGUGGAAAUCUGAUGACGAACAAGAAGAGGAGGAAGAGGAAGAGGAAGAGGAAACAACAGAAUUUAAAAAAACAGAACUCAAAACAGAUUUCAAACUACUAAUUGGGUUUAACUUUUUACUUAUUGGUUUUAAUACAAAAGAAUCUGAUUUAUUAUCUAAAGCAAUUAUGAAUGCACUGGGUGAAGUUUCAAAUGAUGCAUUAGAUGAUUCAAUUACACAUAUUAUUGUACCUGCUAAGAAAGGCUCAACAUUCAGUCAAUCAUUAAAAUCAUUACCACAAGAAUUAAAAGCAAAAAUAACAAAUGGUUUAGUUAAAAUUGUAACUGAAUUUUUCAUUGAAAGAUGUUUAUUUUAUAAAAAGAACAUAUAUGAUAAAUGGGGUCAGCCUAUACAAGGAUUGAUAGAAUCCACUACUUGCUUCAAAGUAACAAGUAGUGGAUUUACUGGAAUUGAAUUACUCCAUAUUCAAAAAUUAAUUAAAUUUUUGAAUUUUGAAUACUGUGAAAAAUUAACAAAUGAAAUAGACUUGAUUAUAUUGAAUAUCAAUUUAUUUAAAGCUAGUUUUAUUAAAAAUUCACCGAAACUAUUCCAAUAUAAAAAGACCAAAGAUAUAAUUAAUUGUCCAACAUACCAAUCACAUAACAAUUCAUCCGUCUCAAUAAUAUCUGCAAAGAAUAAAAUAGAUGCAGCUAAAAAAUGGAAUAUACCUGUAGUUUCAUUAUCAUAUUUAUUUGAAAUUUUUGAAUUAUCAACAAAUAAACAUCAUACAGUAUUACCUGAUAUUUGUGAUUUACAUUGGUGUAUAUUUGCACCCAAAACUUAUAAUAAACCAAAAUCAUUAAUUGAAUAUAUCAAUAAUUUAAAUGAACGAAGUAAGAGAAGUAUUAGUGAAGUGACUUAUUAUAGUAAUAGCAGUUUUACUGAUGAAAAUGGAAGUAUUAAGUUACCAUCACCAAGGAAAAUACAAUCAAAACAAAAAUAUGGUAGAAUAGCAGGAAGAUCACCACAAUCCAUAAAGAAUAAAUUGAUUCAAGCAGCAGAGGAAGAAGAGUCACAAAAGCAACUACCCGAAAUGGCUUAUGAAGAAGAGUUAUCACAAGUUUCAUAUCAAGAUCAUGAAUCAAUGAUUAAUAAAGAAAAUUUACUUAGGAAAUUAGACGAUAAUUCAAAUAUUCAUGGUAGAACUGCAACUACAAUAGUAAAUAGUACUGAAACUAAUAAAAGACGAAAAAUGUAA